CCCAGCCCGGGGCCACGCAGGCCAAGGACAGGCUGUAAAUGUCACCCUUUGUACUCUGCCGUGUCCACUUCAGCUGCAGUUGGAUUUGGAACCGAGAUAAAAGCAGGGCUGUUCUGCUUUGGAGGUGCAGGGGAGUUUGGGGCUGGGGAGAAGGGUUUCAACCUGAGGAAUUUCUUACAUCUCCUAUUCCAGGUGCUAUGAAGCAAACUCACCCCAGGCCCCUGCCAAAAUCUGACAGGAUGGACUGGAAAACAAUCAUUUAUGUCAUUUUAUUGGUGAGCCUUAGAGUAGCCAAAGCCCUGCCUAGAACUUCUCAGGACAUAGAGGAAAAAACAAGCAUCGGCCAACGAUUUUCUCAGCUGCAGGAGAGCAAUUUUAAAGCCAUAGCCCUGAUCCUGUUUGCCCAGUACGUGCCAGGAGGGACGUUGGGCAGAGCGGCCGCGAUGGCCGAGGGGGUCACAGCCCUGGCCAGAAGGUGUGCGGCAGCGGCCACCGACAGCCCCGACUGCCUGAAGCCUCUGGACAGGAUUUUCCUCGAUACAAUAUGCCAGGAGGAAAACCUUCCCCGGUCUGCUGACUGCUGUGCUAAAAAGGAUCCUGAAAGAAAUGACUGCUUCCUCUCCCUGAAAAACUCCUCACGAGGGUUCAGCUCUCCUUUGGAGAGGCCAGAUGCUGAAGCUGCCUGCAGAAACCAUUCACAGCAUGGACAGCCAUUAACAGGAUAUUUUAUCUAUGAAGUUUCCAGAAGGCAUCCCUUCCUCUAUGCCCCAACAAUCCUCUCUGUGGCGCUGCAGUAUGAGGAGAUGAUGGAAAACUGCUGUGGAAGUGCUGAAGGCCCCUCCCAUCACAUGGAGGAAUGCUUCCAGAGACAGGCACCGAAGGUGGUGAAGCUGAUAAAAGAAGAUUCCCUGAGGCAGGAACACACUUGUGGAAUCCUGAAGAAGUUUGGAGAGAGGACCUUAAAGGCUCUGAAGCUUGCCCAGAUAAGCCAAAAAUUCCCCAAAGCUGACUUCGUGACCGUUCACAAACUGGUGGUGGCCGUGGCCGACAUGCACAAGGACUGCUGCCGCGGGGACACGCUGGGCUGCAUGCGGGACAGGGAAGAGAUCCUGCGCUACGUGUGCAGCAGCCAGCACGUCCUGUCCAGCCGGAUCCAGCAGUGCUGUGAAAAGCCCCUGUUACAAAGGAGUGAGUGCAUCCUCAACAUGGAAAACGAUGACAAACCGGCAGGCCUGUCCCCCCACGUCAGGGAGUUCAUUGAAGACAAAGGAAUAUGUGAACGUUUUGCCCAGGAAAAAGACAUGCACUUAGCCAGGUUUCUGUAUGAAUAUUCCAGGAGACACCCGGAAUUUUCCGCCCAGAUGCUUCUCAGGAUUGGCAAAGGCUACGAGGACCUGCUGCGGGAGUGCUGCAGGCCCGGGGCUCCCAGUGGCUGCCGCAGCAGAGGGGAGGAAGAACUGAGGAAACAUAUUUACGAAACGCAGAGUGUCAUGAGGACAAGCUGUGACAUUUACAAGGAGAAAGGAGAUUACUAUUUCCAAAACGAGCUCCUCAUGAGUUUCACCAAGAAGAUGCCUCAGCUGACAUCGGCGGAGCUGAUCAAAUUCACCAAGGAAAUGACAACCAUCGGCUCCAAAUGCUGCCAGCUGGGCCAGGACAAGCUGCUGCCUUGUGCCGAGGAACACCUGGAUCUCGUGCUUGGGGAAAUCUGUAGGAGACACCUGGCUGAUCCCAUAAACCCUGGAGUUUGCCGCUGCUGCAGCAGCUCCUAUGCCUUCAGGAGGCCCUGCAUAGGCAAACUGGAGAGCGAUGAGAGUUAUGUGCCCUUAGCACUGACUCCGGGCCUGUUUGCUUUCCAUGGAGACCUGUGCACCUCGGAAGAGGAGAAGUUACAGCACAGGAAGCAGGAGAUGCUCGUCACCCUCCUCAAGUACAAGCCGCAGAUCAGCCCCGAGCAGCUGGGCUCUGUCACGGCCGCCUUCACUGCCAUGAGGGAACGGUGCUGCAGAGAGGCCAACCCUGAGGCCUGUUUCCUCAAAGAGGUAUCGCUUCUGUUUCCAGCCACAGUUCCUCGGCAACAGGGAGAGAAAGGGUAUAUUCAGGUUUUCAGUCAAAGCCUUUUCCCUGUUUAUCUCCCUGCCUCUGUUUCUCUCUUGCCUUCCCAGUGCUGUUUCAGCUCACUCAACUUCAUACUCCAGAGCUGCUCUGGCUCCUCUUUACCCUGCGGUAAAUCUGCUUUUCCCUACUUCUCACCUCCCCCUCUUUGCUGUAUUCCUUAA